AGAAUAACCAGUCUAGCCAGUCGUGUUGUAGUCAGCGCACGGUUCGCACGUAUUCGCUUUCGCGUGGACAUUUAUUCGAAAUUCCGGGCCGCUCUCUAUUUUUUUUUCCUUUAAAUUUCUUUAAUUGUUUUCCGUUCGCCGACAAACGAAACCCCUCGAUUUCGAUCCGAAGGAUCAAUCUGUCGCACGUUCCUCGAUCGAAACGGCCUCGAUUCCGCUCGAAUGGGAGACUACGAGUUUUUGCCAGUUCGAGAUCAUUUUUUGCCUCUCGGCCCGGUAAUCGAUUUUGGAUACAUCGAUAGGAUUGCGUCAUGACAGGCCUGAAUUUGUCGAAGCCAGCGUGAUGCCACGGGGGCCCAGCCGGGUGUACCUGUCGACCGCGUUCGUGAUCCUGCUCGGCCUCCACAAAGCUGGCAGCUCUGCAUCCGCCCCCCAAGAUCCGAUCUGCAAGCCAGAUCUCGAAUUCUGGUCGUCCGAGCGUGGCACCUGCUGGCCCUGCACCAGAUGCGCCCCUGAGUUCACUGUGAGCCCGUGCGCCGUCUACAAGGAUGCGAUCUGCGGACCGCUGUCGGCCCUCGAGCUCGACUGGUCCUUCCUUUCGGCCAGGAAGAGACCGGAAACGGGACAAAGGAGAGUCGAUCCAGAUUCGGAUCUGGACCAACAGCAGGCCCGAAAACAGCCCGACGAUCUAAUCGAUGGCGAGAGAAGCGCCGAGGUGGACACUGCUGAUCAGAGGACCAGUGAGUCUCUCACGAGAAAAACGUCUUCCGGAGAGAGGAUCCUGUGGGAUUGGCAAAGCGCUGCGUUGAUCCUUGCAGUAUGCGCGUGCAUCCUGUUCUUCUUGGUCGCAGGAUGCUCGGCAUUGGUCUACACGAGGCAGUGGCGUCGCAUGAAGAAGAAUUUCGAGCCUGUGGGUCUGGAAGAGAUCUCGGCGCGGCUGAAUUUAAUGGUGAAGGCGGAACUAGCCGAGCUGGUCGCCGGUGCACCUGUGCACGUUGCUGAUCCCCAGAGGAGGUGUCAAUAUUUGGAGAAGCUCUUAGACCGGAAGAGGAAAUCCCCGGUGAUGGUAAGCUGGCCGGAAGUCAGCGGAAACCUUUACAUUGAAGAGGGCGAGCCCGCGAAGGGCAAGCCCCUCCAGAUAGCCAGGAUCCAUCGGAACAUCGAGACAAUGUUGAGCCAGAAAAAGAAUCUUGCGGAGCAGUAAGACGAGAUUGCCUUAAACGCCCUCUCCGAGGGGGCGACUAAUUACAAAUUCAACCGGCGACUAUUUACCGGCGAGUAUUUAUAGUUCUAUUUAUGACUGUCGCGAGGGAUGAACGUGUUCUUUGUAAAACGCGCCGAGGACGAAAAUUGUUAACGCGGAAUCGCUGUAAUCGUUGUAACCUUGCUCUCCGUAGCGUCGCCGCGGUAUUAUUUAAGUAAUAUUUAGUCGAUAUCAGAGUUGAAGACAAGAGCGUCGCGCGUUUUAGCAGAAGCGGUGCCAUCGGCAGGCGUUUAGAGCGGGAGGACGCUAUGGAGGGAAAUCGUAUGGUCGGCGCUAGGCUUGCACGAAAUAGGGGAAUCGAUUGAAAUUAACGAAGAGAAUGUAAUCGCGAUUGCAUGGAGCAGUUGGGCCCAGAAAAUGAAUAUAUACGAAUGCUAUUGUUCCUCGAGUGUCAAUAACUAUAGAAAUGAAACGCCGCAAGGUACAAAACUAUUAUCGAUAAAACGUACGUGCGAUAUUUUGUAUUAUUUUUUACUAAUUUAACGAUUUAUACAGAGUGAGAUUCUUCAAGGGAAAAAAGGAAACGAACAGUCGGAAUUCCUUGGAUCGUCGCAUUUAUCUUUUUUUGUACAAACAAUACCUUGACAUGUUCACGGUAACUGUUCGGACAGCUUUCCAAGCUGACGAUCGUGAAAAUGGGGCCCCAUGAAUAUAUUUCUCUGAAAACGUUUGUCCAAUCUCUGUCACGAACCGCGGACAUCGUAAAUUGAAUUUAAUCAUUUCAUUCUGUAUGGUUGUUCUUCUACGUUUACGUAAGCGCAUGGGAAAUAAGGGAAACGCCGAUGCCUACGGGGUCCCGUGGCUCGACCGUAAAAUCGAGCAACGUGCCCGACCCAGCCAGACAAGCGAUUGUUAUUUAUUUCUUCCGUCUAGCUUUAGAGACUGCCAUUAUCUUUUGUAUUGUAACAUAGGAAAACGUGAACGAAAUAAAUUCAUAUCGUAAUCGAAACAUCGUAAUCGCGUCGAGGGGGUGUCGAAUGAUCGGGUAACAACGCCUUUCGUUCUUUAAAUCGCUAGAUUUAAUUAGCUUAGAGUUACAAGUUUAUGGUUUAUAUUAAAAUAAUGAACAACGUAACAACACGCAAACUCUCAGAAAAAUAUUCUCAUUCACGCGUCGUCUCGCACUCUCGCCGUUCCUUUUCACCGUUUUGUUUUCUCUCUCGCCCCUUUCUUACUUAAUUCUAACGCUCUCGUACCUGUGUCCUUGAACUGUUUGCGGGGGCCGAGGUGUGAAAUAGGGCCGCCAUCUUCGCGAACGAUCGAUCACGGUGCCGGAACGUCGUUCGUAGCUAUCAUUGUAACGCUCUAAUGUCGAUCACGAUCGAGAUUCGCGCCGACGUGUUUAAGAGGGAGAUUCAGCUUAUUCGCGAACUGAACGAUUCGAAAAUAAAUCUGUCGUUGUAAUUAACUGGCGAGCUAGUCCACACCUCGUCUGUCGUUAAGCUUGCGUCUAACGAUACCGAAAAUACUGGUUUAUUGUUUCUUUCUUUGUUUCUCCUCUUUUAUCGCUACGGUACCUGCGCCUUAUCUCGUACACGAAAAUAUCACUAUAACGUGGCGCGCGUUAUGGGUCCUUUUUCUCUUGUCCCGUCGCGUCGGUUCACCCUCGAUCAAAGCGAUCGGUCAAAUUAGAAUUCGCAUCUCGAUACCAAACAAGAAAAAACAAUCGAUAAAGCUUGGAGAUCGCGAACCAAGGUCGAGGCCGCUGUGGUCGCGAUUUAGGAUUUAUGAUCGGAGGCUACCCUAAACUGUGACACACGCGCGUCUAAAAUUUCGAAUUGUUUGUCCUCUAGCAAAUCACGGAAAUCUCGGCAACGACGCGAUGUUCGGCGUUAGCGAAAGAAAGAAAGAAAAGAAAGAACAUGAAACUGAGAAUGAAAACGUUCAUUUGUUCUCGACGUCCAUCAUUUAUUUACAAUCAGGUUCAAUUGGAGACGAUCCGUUUCAACGAGCAACAGCGUCUCGAGAAUUUCGACGAGGCGUCGGGGAGAGACUACGAAGAUCUUAGAAAUCCGUAAAAAAUCACGUAGAAACUGUAGACCGCCUCUAAGAAAAGCAGAGAGAGAGAGAGAGAGAGAGAGAGAGAGAGAGAGAGAGGGAGAGAUAGCCCCGUCAACGAAAAUAAUGCGAAUGUUCUGUGCUCGUUCUCGUCUCGUUAUCUGUUCGGGAGUGAACUUUAUAGACUCGUCUCUAUGUAAAUAUAUAUUUGAUUGUUUCCUUAGAA